UUAUUAAAAGUGGUAAACAAUUUCUUUCCCUUUGCUUACUAAUAUGUUUGCAAAUCUUUGAUACGUUUGCUACUCUUAUUAAGUGAUUAUUUCUUUACUUUUCUAUUUCAACAUCAAUAUAUCUAACAACAAUAAUCAACUCAUUCUUUCAGAUACGGAUCAUCAAAACUGUGCUCGAAAGAACGAUCUUGAUCAACCUGUUUUUACAAUUAAAACUGAGGGGCCACCUCAUGACAUUCGCUAUAAAGCUAUUGUUGUUAUUGAUGGGAAAUCAUUUGAAAGCCCAACAUCUUUCAACACUAUAAAAGAGGCAGAGCAGGCUGCUGCAAAAUUUGUUGGCAUGUUUCAGAAGGUAAAUCAACUGUGUUUGAAGUUGUCGAACUUAUUCAAGUUUACUUUUAUGCUUGUGUUUUAUCCACAUUAAAAAUAAUUAUAACUGAAUUUUGAUCUAUCCUACUUAUUCAGGAUGAACCUUGUCCAUCCAAGAGCCUACUUCAGGAGUUAUCAGAGAGAGAAGGUUUUUCCAAACCAACAUAUAAAACUACACAAAUUGGUCCUCCUCAUAUGCCAACUUUUUUCUCAACUGUGGAAGUAGAGGGCAUCGGAUUUCAUGGAAAGGCAUCUAAAUCCAAAAACAAGGCAGAAGAAGAUGCCGCAAAGAUUGCUUACAUCACCUUAAAAGAGUGUAAGUUCAUUCACUUGGUUCGGCAUUCAUGUUUAAGAAUCACUUUGAGGGAGAAUUUUGGUAUAACCAAACAAGUUUGGCCACUAUUAUACGUCGAAAAGAAGACAUACCUUCAAUUUGAAAUGUUUGUAAUUAUGCUUAUUAACAUUUAUGUCAUGCACAGGUGGAAGUCAUACGUAUGCUGAUUUAUCUUCCUCGAUUGGAGAAAAACAAGCAGUAAAAUCAACUCAUGAAUCACACAUUGUUAAAUCUAAACCGAAACUCAAACCUGUCCCUGAAGAUGAACUUUUGUAUGACGAGAUAUUACCUACUGAUUUCCAAGUUAACAAUGGCAUACAAAAUGAAUCUUUACCACUUCCACCUAACAAAAAAAUGAAGAUCAGCAAGGCAAAGACGCCCAAUACAAACAGUUACAUGCUUGGUAACAAGCUUAAGGUGUAUACAAGUUUUCCAGAUAUUGUGUUCCCCGAGGGGAUUACAGUUGUGCCGAUUGGUGAAGAUAAAUGGAUUGCAGCGAGCCUUGAAUUUCCAAAAUGACUAGCACUUUUGAUUCUUGUGAAAAGUUUCAUAUAUGACUUUUCUUUCAAGUAUUCGAAAACAUGAUGUUAAAAGUAUGUUGCUACUUGACUUCAAGUAAAACUUUAGAUGAUUUAGAUUUUUGCAUGUUUAAAUUCAAUUUCAAGCAAGACAGAAAUGGUUCUAGUAAAAAGAUAGAAUGGAUUUUGAUAUUCUAGAUAUUCUAAAAAAGAAUUUGACUUUAUCUAUAGCCAAGGUACAGGAGUCAAGAUCCUCUCCAUUUAUUUCCCUCU